AUGACACUGUGUCUCGCAUCGAGUCUUAUCGUGAAGAAAGGUUUUGCUGCUUACGAUCAACUUGUUCGAUAUAAAUGGUGGUGGCGACAAGGCUGCAUGUCAUCGACUGGAAGGUGUUUUGAUAGCGGACAUUCAACAAAAGCAGCACUAGAUGAAUUUGUUAAUAGACAGCACAAAUUCAAACAGAACUUGAACAUUGACUUCAAAGAAUUGGAUUUAUUAACAGAAACUUUAGUAGAAGAAUUUGACACUAAGUGUAGUCGGGAAAAUAUUGUUAGUAACGGUUCAUUGAUGCGUCUAGCUCCUGUGCUGUUGUUCUAUUGUCAAGCAAAAUCAGCAACUUAUGCGAUUCAUUAUGCUGGCGAGAGUUUUCGUAUAACUCAUGCUGGAAAAAAAGCAGUAGAUGCAUGCCGCUUCUAUGGAUUUUUACUAUACGCUGCUCUAAAUGGUCGUUCAAAGCACGAUUUGUUAGACAAAAAAUUUUACGAACUAAAGCUGAACGCUGGUUGGUAUGGCAGUGAACCAUUACAUCCAGAUAUCGUUCGUGUAGCUGAGGGUUCAUAUCAAACAAAAGAUCGAAAUAAAAUAAAAGCAAGUGUGAUGGCUGAACAAACAUUAGAAGCCGCUAGGUGGGCUUUUUACAAUGAUGGUGAUUCAUUUCAUGUCGGUGUUUUGAAAUGCGUCAACUUAGGCGAUAGGCGAUGA